AUGAAAGUCUGUGUUUUUAUGGGACGGCUCGAACUUCCUCUGACCGUCCCUCAGUCUGCAGGAUCUCGCCACCUUCCAGGACGCUCUGCAGGAUCAGCUCUCAUCAGCUGGACCGUCCAAUCAGAGCGUAACAGUGUGAUCGCCGCACUUUCACUGUGUGCAGGCUCAGCUCAGGACCCAGGACAGGUGGAGACGAACAGUCCUCCACAGUCAUCACACCUCAGCUACAAACUCCACAAACAGGGGCUCUGUGUCCGCUUCAGCAGAGAGGAUUCAGGACAACUCCAGGGACAUGUCAGGGACAAUUUCAGGAAAACUUCAGGGACAUGUCAGGAACAAUUCAGGAAAACUUCAGGGACAUGUCAGGAACAAUUUCAGGACAACUUCAGGGACAUGUCAGGGACAAUUCAGGAACAAUUCAGGAAUAUUUCAGGAAAACAGGGACAUGUCAGGAACAAUUUCAGGAAUAUUCCAGAAAAAUCUCAGGAACAUGUCAGGAAAUAUUUCAGGAACAAUUUCAGGAAAUAUUUCAGAAACAUAUAA